GCUCUGGGAGGAGGAAGGUUUCCACCAGAUCGCCCUGAACAAGGUGGCUGUGCUGCUGCUGGCUGGUGGGCAGGGCACUCGCCUGGGCGUGACCUACCCCAAGGGCAUGUAUCAGGUGGGGCUGCCCAGCCAGAAGACCCUGUAUCAGCUGCAGGCAGAACGGAUUCGGCGGGUGGAGCAGCUGGCUGGCGAACGCUAUGGGACCCGCUGCACAGUGCCCUGGUACAUCAUGACCAGUGAAUUCACGCUUGGGCCCACGGCCGAGUUCUUCAAGGAGCAUGACUUUUUCCACCUGGACCCCAACAACGUGGUCAUGUUUGAGCAGCGCAUGCUGCCUGCUGUGACCUUCGAUGGCAGGGCCAUCUUGGAGCGGAAAGACAAGGUUGCCAUGGCCCCAGAUGGCAACGGGGGCCUGUACUGCGCACUGGCGGACCACCAGAUUUUAGAGGACAUGGAGCGGCGAGGAGUGGAGUUUGUGCACGUGUACUGUGUGGAUAACAUCCUGGUGCGGCUGGCCGACCCGGUCUUCAUCGGCUUCUGCGUCCUGCGUGGCGCGGACUGUGGCGCCAAGGUGGUGGAAAAAGCCUACCCCGAGGAGCCGGUGGGCGUGGUGUGCCAGGUGGACGGCGUCCCGCAGGUGGUGGAGUACAGCGAGAUCAGCCCUGAGACCGCGCGGCUUCGUGCGCCGGGUGGGGGCCUGCUCUACAACGCAGGCAAUAUCUGCAACCACUUCUUCACCCGAGACUUCCUCCAGAGGGUCACCAGGGAGUUCGAGCCCUUGCUGAAGCCACACGUGGCUGUGAAAAAGGUCCCCUACGUGGACGAGGAGGGGAAUCCAGUGAAGCCGCUCAAGCCAAAUGGAAUAAAGAUGGAGAAGUUCGUGUUUGAUGUGCUGCCGUUUGCCAGGAACUUUGUGGCCUUUCAAGUGCCGCGGGAGGAGGAGUUCUCCCCACUGAAGAACGCGGAUUCGGCCGACAGGGACAACCCCUCCACGGCCCGGCGAGCCCUGCUUGCUCAGCACUACCGGUGGGCCCUGCAGGCGGGAGCCCGUUUCCUGGGCCCACGUGGAGCCCGGCUCCCGGAGCAGCCAAGCCUGCCCAGCAGCGGAGAACCUGCAGCCGUCUGUGAGAUCUCGCCUUUGGUGUCGUACUCUGGAGAGGGUCUGGAGGUGUAUCUGCAAGGCCGGGAGUUAAGGUCCCCGUUCAUCCUGGACGAGAACCAGGCCAGGGCACUGCAGCCCUGACUCCCUCCUGGCCCUGCCAGCCCCGGGUCCCCACGGGUGAGGACGCAGCCCCGGCCAGGGCUCUGGGUGGGAAAGCAGGCUGCCACGUGUUUCUGGCCUGCGGAACAUGGAGCACAGAGGGAAGCGUGCUGGUCUCCUCCACGACACUGGGGACUCUCCCAUCACUGGGUCCCCUGGACACAAGCGACUCUGCCCUGCUGUGGGCCAGCGCGGGCUCUCCAGCUUCCCUCCUGGCCAUGGGGUCUGAGGGUCUCAGGACCUCGGACAGUGGGGCUCAAAGGAGGCUAGGGUGGGCUCUGGGGGAGGAGUGCCUGGACAGAAUGGUGGUGGCUCCUCAGCCCCACACCCAGACCCCGUGGUGAGGAGCACUAGCCACCCCGAGCUCUUCUGCGGACAGAGGAGGGGGACGACGUCUUUCCCUCCAGGGUGCCGUGUUUGAAGGGGCUGCCCCUCCCUCCCUGGCAGCUGAACUUGGGGGCCGCGGCCCAGCCCUGUCCCCGCCCAGCUGAGGCCGGCAGCAGCAGGCGUCCGAUCAUCCCAGUGAAGGGCUGGCUGCACCAGGGGAGCUGGCUCCCCAGGAGCUGGGCCUGCGCACUCGAGACAGUUCUCUCGAUUUCUGCCAUCCAAGGCCUCAGCCCCUUGGUCUCUCUUCUGCAGCCGGUUUAGGCUGCUGGUUUGGUGCUCCCCCAGGAACCAGUGGGACCAAUACUGGUGGCCUCCUGUUGGGGCUGAUUAAUCAGGAGUUGAACCAGGAGGGCAGUGCCACCCUUUGCCCAGCCUGCCUGUCGCUCUGGCAGAUUUUGGUGCUCAUGCCCCUCUCCUGUGCUGGGGGUUGGGGAGGGGAAACAGCCUCCACAUUCGGGGCCGGGGUGCCCUUGCUGCAGCGCUGCAGCCCGGCUGAGGCCGGGAGACACCAGCUGACCCUGGUCCCUUGCCCCUCCCUGACUUUGCUGCUCUGGAGAGCAACACAGUGGCACCUACCUCUUCCUCCUGAUGUGAUGAGUGUCACAAAACACGUCGCUGCUCGGCCGAGGCUGCCUGCCCCCCCUCCCCGCUCCACCUCAGCGCGCGGCCCGUGUGGAGCCAUGGCUUCCCCAGGGAAGGGUGUUAUCCAGGGGUGGGUUCAGAUGCAACGGUCCCUCCAGUAGCCUGGAGCGGAUGGUGGCUGCGUCCACACAUCCCAUCCUGGGCGUGAUGGUGGGGUCAGGGCCCUGCCCAAGGCCCAGGGGACACUGCCCCACCCAGGCCCUGCUGGGCUUCUCAGACUCAAAAUUGAGCCCCUUGCCUUAGUGCCCUCCCGGCUGCUCCACAGGCGAGCAGAGGGCCUGGGCAGAGGAGGGUCCCUCGGGCAGAGGCCGUGGUGCCGGGUACCGCCCCAGUCCCAGUGGGACACCCGGGCAAGCUCUUUUCUACACAGGUAGAGAUAGUUGGGUAAGCUAUUGAAACAGCUUGCUUUUGGAAAAACUUUAUUUUCAAGUCAGUAAACUUUUUAUUAUAUCUUUACAUAGAGUCUCAAACAGCACAGAGAGGUCCAGGGCACCCUUCCCCGAGUUCCCGUAAUGUUUGCAUCCUAUGUGGUUGGAGGAUGCCGCGAGGCAGGAGACAUUGGUAGAGCUGAGCCGUUUGUCGCAGGUGUGGCUCCCUGUGCCCACUCUGCAUUCAAGAGGCAGCAAGGUCAGUUGGUGCCAUCACCACAAAGACCUCCCUCCUGCCUCCCUCGUAGCCACACCCCACACCACCUCUCACCCAGACAACUGCUAAUAAAAUAACUGAGUUUUGAGAGACUGCCAAACUUGUUUUUCCACAGUGGGGGGGGGGUUCCCAGUAAAGCCCACGUACAGUGAUUGAUCCCUGGCCUGGCAAGUGCAGUUUCCGACCAGCACACGUGGUGGGAACAGCGCAGGGUGUUCACAGGUCUGCCUCCAUCCAGGGCUGCAGCCUGCUGGGGGCCCUUUGGGGACGAGAGCCCACACACUGAGCUGAAGCCGCUCUGGGCUGCCCCCUGUCCCGUAGUCCCGUCCAGCUCUGCCCAGGCUCUCAGGGGAGCCCGAGACAACCUAGUGAGUCAGGCACCCUGAGGGCCGGCCCAGAACCUGCCCCUUGAGCCAGUGCUCCAGGGAUGGGCUCCUGCGCCCCUAGCUUUGAGAGCCCAUGACUCACCCUCCUGCACAUGCAUCCUUCAGAUGCCACCAUUUCCCUGACAACGGGUUGUGCAGGGAGGAGUGCCUAAGGGUGUCGCUGGAACUGCCAGCAGAGCUGUGAGUGGGGUAAGACCUACAGAGACCUCAGGGACGGCCCUGAGAAAGGAAGGGGCAGGAGGGGAGGAAGACCUUUCUGGAGCAGGCUCAGACAAGCCAAGGAGCUGAGCGGGAGGCGCAGGCACCGAGGAGCCCCCGUAAUACCCAGGGAUGUCAUGGACAGGACUGCAGGAAGCAGUGGGCUCACCCACUGGGGAGCAUCAGGGGGCCCCCCGGAGCCUGCUAUCCUCAGGAUGCCCCAAAGGGGGAGCCCACGCAACCGCUCCCUCACUCCCUCCACGGCAGCAGCACCUGUGCCCCGCCGCCUCCAGCGGACUUUCCUGCAGGCCAGACGUCCCCCGUUUCUCCGUAACGUUCCUGUUCUUUGCUCCCUGGACCUGCCUAUGCUUUGCACGUCCUGGUUCCAGUUCCUGUUACUCCCAAAUAAACUUUCUGCUGGCAGAA